AUGGACGACCUCACAUCGGAGCGCAAGAAGAGAGUAUUUUGGAGUCUGCAGGUUCUGGACCAAUAUCACGGCCGUCAAACCGGAAUCCUCAGCGCGCCAACAGAAAUAUGGCGCCAGUCGUACGGCUCAAGCGGUAUUGAGCAUCGCCAUCCCAUGGAGCAGGAUGCCAAAGUGCCCCCUCUGCCCAUUGAUGACCUUGGCCACACCGUCCCGAGUGAGCCUGGAAUCUGGAACACAAGUGUCCACCUCGGCUGGGUCUGGAGUCGCGUGCGGAAAUAUGUUUCGGACUGCGCUCACGGAAUAUUUCGAGAACCUUGGAGACGGGAUUCCAUGUAUGCUACCGUCUUGUCAGACUUCAUGGAGGCCGAGAAUAGGAUCCCAAUGUGCCACAGGUACGACUCUGUCAAGUUUUACGAACGCAAGAUGGAAGAUCUCAAGAUGAACCGCGGCUAUUGGGCGACGUGGUUGAAGGAACAGUUUACAUACCAUGCCAUUCCGACCGUCCUCAACCAUCCAUUCCUCUACAUCGUGGGGGCACAGCACAACGCAAACCUGGCCAUCCCGAAUACGUUUUGGAGGAGGUCAUCGGAGCUGGCGCUCAUACAUUCCACGUGGAUUGUGCGAAUGAUUGACAUGGUGCUGGACAAGCAAGUGCCACUGACGGAUCCCUUCUUCGGGCACAUCGCAGCCAUUGCAGCCACCGUGCAUCUGUACUACUGUUGUGCAGCGGCGGCCAAGUUGAAACACAAGUCCAACGCAGACUUUGCCAAGUGCAGGAGGUUCCUCAAGGGCUUCAUUCCCUUCUCGCCGGCAUGCCGAGCAUUGGUGUGUAUUCCCUGCAUCCCGUACGUCGGUAACAAAUUGCACGGCAUCUCGGAGCUAACAUGUGCUCAACAGGAUCGAAACCUGGACAAGAUGACGAGGAUAGCCGCAGGCUCUGAAACAAACGAUGUGGAAGACUGGAUGCCGUCCAGAAUCUACCUCAGCGUGCCUUUGAUGUGGAACAUUUUACAGUUUAAUUGCACAGCAGACUCGAGGGAGUUCCCGCACACCGGUCUAUUAGACUCGUCACUGGCCCUCACCGUCGCUCGUGAAGACGAUGACGAAGCCACGACACUGGACAUUAUUGUGGCAACGUCACCUGAAAUUACAGUCAAUACGGCUGAUGGCGGCCAGGACGCGCCGACCCUGCCGUUCAAGGGAACCGUCAACUCGUCGCCGAGCUCAUCGCGGGAGACGGCCUUUAACGAGAUAUCUGCCGAACAGGCAGACAGUCUUACGUUCAACACUACACCGUGGUUGUAUGCCGAUCCCUCUCAGUUUGAUUCCAUGACAGACCUUGUGUAUCACGACGCGCGGCCGAGCAUUGGCAGUGGCAGAGGCAUGGCAUGGUGGGAGGGAGGAGACAUGAAUGACAGUAUUUUCAGUCAAAUUUAG